AUGAUGCAAAUAAGCGCGAGUGAUUAUUACCAGAGAGCGCCACGAUCCUGCUCAGGUGGACGUCGUUCAUCUCAGCUUCCUACUGGAGUUUCAUCAACGGCAGUCACUAAUGCUAGUUCAAAUAUUCCUAAUAAUACUGAUAACUCAUUCAGAAUAUCGACUACAGUAAAGGCCUCGGAAUUGUGGUGCUGUUGCUGCAAUUGCACCACCGCGAGAAGCACCAAAGCACCUGGUUUCCUCGCCUGUCUUGGUGUUUGUGUACUCGUUUUUGGGUACACACUUCUAGGUGCUUUUGCUUUUAUGGCUCUUGAGGGUGGUUUUAAAACGGAACCACCACCAGAUAUCGUCAGACUGUCUUCUGGUUCAUCAAAACCCGGAAGUGGAAAUAAUGGUAAGACAUCAGUUAAUGUCGCGACUCGAGACCAAACAACUCAGUCGCCGGCUAUUUUAUCCGGCGAGGACGAAGAAACUGCAGAAGUUAGAAAAUUACGGGCUAGCACUGUCGAGAAGCUCUGGAGCAUCACUGAAGAUCUAAAUGUCCUUUACAAAGACAACUGGACGCGAUUAGCUGAGCGUGAAAUUCUCGAGUUUCAAGAAAAAAUGGCACGGAGUCUUAACCACGAUCCACGCUCGUCAACCUUCUCUGUUUACGGAGGAACUAUCCAGCGGUCUUCACGAGGUGGAAAUGAUAGGUACAAAGGAGAUAAACGUUGGACAUUUGGCGGCAGUUUAUUGUACUCCCUGACGCUUAUUACAACAAUUGGAUACGGUAGCGUAGCCCCAAGGACUAUUUGGGGUAGAGUAAUCACCGUAGUCUACGCACUAGCAGGAAUACCUUUGAUGCUAGUCUACUUGAGUACCAUAGGAGACGUGUUUGCCAGGACGUUUCGUCGUCUCUACGGUAGACUUUGCCAUCGGAACACCGACUGUUCCAAAAAACAGCCGUCAAGUGGCGGGCAGUUCCUGGUACCACCUCCUCCGAUGCCAGGUUUAAUUGAAAAAAGUUAUCACCGCUAUGACAAUCAUGUCGAGACGACAAAAUUGGGUAAUUUUUACUCCAGUAAAGACAGCUCUUGCGACGAGCUUGGUGUACGCGCUACCGGAGGCGCUAUUCUUCUUGAUCGCGAUGGACUUGAGAGCAAUCUCUACCUCCAUUCAGCCUCUUCGGCAAAUGCUUUGCAGGACAUGAGUACAGAGAAACGACACUUGCAUCCAUGCUCUCAAAUGUCACUGAUGCCAUCAGCAGUAGGAUACGGCACUGACACUAUUUGUGUUGUAAGAAUACCAAUAAGCCUGUGUCUUUUGAUAAUAUUACUGUACGUGUGCGCUGGAACAUUUAUGUUUCACCGUUUGGAGGGGUGGAAUUUAUUGGAGAGUAGUUAUUUCUGCUUCACGAGUCUUGGAACAAUUGGAUUUGGUGACCUCGUUCCUACCGGGAGAAGUGCUUCGACAAAACUAUUAGAAGAACUCAGUUUAUGCGCUUGCUCACUGUACAUUCUCAUCGGAAUGGGUUUGAUAGCAAUGUGCUUUAAUUUAAUGCAAGAAGAAGUUGUACGUGUUGUACGAGUAUUUGGUAGAACCUGUGGUACUAACGGAGGUAUCACACCCGGCAGCUCUCUCGCCGGAGCAACAGGACUUAAAUCAGACUUGUGCGGGGACGCAAGUAUCAGCAUUGGUGGUAAUAUACUUUCCGAUGGUUGUCGUCAGGAGCUGGAUCACGAAGACGACGGUAUAGCAAUGUCACUGGUAUCUGCUGCCUCUUGA